AUGGAAUUUGAAAGAUCUAAAGAAACCCUAGUCAAUACUCAGGCAACACUAUGCCCUCAAAAUGACAAGAUUCCUCCACAAAAUGAACUCUUGGAGAGCAGGUGCAAAGGAAGAGCGGGAUACUCCUUGCUUCCGACCAAUGAUUUGAAGAUUUUGGUCAUUUCCAAGCCUUUUGACGAGGAAUGUAAUGAAUACUUCCACAAGGUCCUCUCAUUUUUACAUAAGCAUAGAAUUGAGAUCUACACGACUAAAUCCUCCCUUGAAGCUGUUAAAGAUGAUCCUGUGAUAAGAGAUCAUAUAAAGCCUCAGAUAUAUACUGAUGAUAUUCGGAUUAAUAGAAUCAUCACACUCGGAGGAGAUGGUACUAUCCUGUUUUCCAUAAAAAUGUUUUAUAACAAGAGCGUCCCACCUAUGAUCAGUUUCGGACUAGGAUCGGUCGGAUAUCUAUGAUCCUUCGAUUGUAAAGAGAUGAUAGAUACACUUACUGAUUUACUACUAGAUCCUUGUUAUAGAAAAAGGAAGACAACCAUCGAUGAGAUUUGUCAGGUUAGACCAGUCAAAACUCUUGACAGCACACCAUUCCUUGAUUACAAAGAUAGACUAAGAGUUACUAUUACUUCUAAGAGUAAAAAGGAGAAGUUUAUGGUAACAUCCUCAAUUUUUGAAGAGGAUGAGAAAGAGUUUGAUUCAGGAUCAUCUAUCUGAGCUUUGAAUGAAUUUGCAUUAGAAUCUGAAGCCUUUUACCUCCCUUUUACUUGUGGAGUUUACGUUAAUGAAACAUUCCUGACAGAAAUUACUGCCUGAGGGCUUAUUUUAUCAACAUCAACAGGAUCUACUGCUUAUGGGAUGUCGGCAGGAGGAAGUAUUGUACAAGCAGGAGUAGAAGCAAUUUGAAUUACAGCUGUAAACCCUUCUUCCAUAUCUUUCAGACCCCUAAUUCUGCCAUUCAAUUGUAAAGUGACACUAAAAAUUCCAAAAGGAGUGAACGAGAAUGUUAUCAAAGGAGUUAUUGAUGGAGAUUUUAAGUUCAUGUGAACUGAUGAAGACGAAAUCACGAUAGAGGGAUCUUCAGAUCCGAUUCCAUUCGUAUCUAAAGAGGCUGACGACCCUAUGACAAGUUGGAUAAAAAGAGUUUCAUCUACUGUUCUGAACUAUUAA